GAGGGACUCAGCAACAACGAGCAAAGUGCUGGAACAGUGCGGUCUCUGGAACAACUGGUCCCCACAAAGGUUAGAAAUAUGGGUUUCGUGGCCCUUGAAACGAAAACAAGAGCCAUUUUUUCACCGAAACUGGCAGUUAACUACGCAGUGGACGAAGACUGGUUUCAUUUAAUGGUGUAAUACGUGAGUUAUUUGGAGUUUAACAUGUGGGAGAUGGUGGGUUUAUCGAGAUCCUCGUUGUCUAAGAGAACAAGAUGGCAGCAUUGCAGGCAAACCGAGCAUGGUGUGGGUACUUGUUAACUCGUUAGCAUGUUCAGAGAAGCCCUGGAUUCUGUCAUUUACUAUUGUUUAUAAAGGUAUGACCUCACACGUUUUGGUCUACCCACCACACGUUUAUCAAACCCAAACAAGUGCCUUUUGCAGUGUGAAGAAACCCACAGUUGAGCUCAAUCGCUGUGUUUUUCAUACGAGGACCCUGCAGACCUAUAUAAGUGGAGUAAACCUUGGCAUUGCUAAGCCUACCAAUAUCCUCCUUUCAAUUAAGACAAAAGUGUCUUGUAGACCCCAGAGUGGGCAGGACUUAUCUUUGCAGGCAGCUACAUCCCUGAAAGAAGUACACAGGGAGUUGCUCCAAAAAACGACACCCCCCUGUCAAGGCAAGGGUCCAGAGAAACUGAGGCUGCAGGGGGACAGCAGUGUAGGUGCAGUCACCCUGGGUUUCGGGGACUGUGGCUAGAGAAGCAGCAGUGAACAAGGUGAAGGGGGUAGUUCAAACCUCCACUGUGCUCUAAUUGGACAGCUUCCUGCGAUGUGGGCUGAACUGUAAGGGUGAGUGGAGAACAGUGGGAAAGCCAUGCAGAUAGUGGAGGACAUUUCCAUGAUACCUGCCAUGUUGCAAACUAAUGUAGGGAACAAGAACACCAUGGGGGGAGUGUCCCCCAAACAGAAUGUUGGUGGGACUGGGGCUCGUAAUGCGGCAGGGGAUGGGGACUACCAGUUGGUGCAGCACGAGGUCUUGUGCUCCAUGAAGAACACUUAUGAGGUGCUGGAGUUCCUAGGUCGUGGCACCUUCGGACAGGUGGUGAAGUGUUGGAAGCGAGGCACAGGGGAGGUUGUGGCUAUCAAGAUCUUGAAGAACCACCCAUCGUAUGCAAGGCAGGGCCAGAUUGAGGUGGGCAUCCUUGCCCGUCUGAGUGGGGAGAACGCUGAUGAGCACAACCUGGUGCGGGCAUUCGAGUGCUUCCAGCACCGCAGCCACACUUGCCUGGUGUUUGAAAUGCUGGAGCAAAACCUCUAUGACUUUCUCAAGCAGAACAAGUUCAGCCCGCUGCCAUUGAAGGUGAUCAGACCGGUCUUACAGCAGGUGGCCACUGCGCUGAAGAAGCUCAAGAGCUUGGGUCUGAUCCACGCUGACCUGAAGCCGGAGAACAUUAUGCUGGUGGACCCGGUGCGACAGCCUUACCGGGUGAAAGUGAUCGAUUUUGGCUCGGCCAGCCACGUGUCCAAAGCCGUGUGCUCUACGUACCUGCAGUCACGCUACUAUAGGGCACCAGAGAUCAUCCUGGGCCUGCCGUUCUGUGAGGCCAUCGACAUGUGGUCCCUGGGCUGUGUCAUCGCUGAGCUCUUCCUGGGCUGGCCCCUCUACCCAGGAGCACUGGAGUAUGACCAGAUUCGCUACAUAUCUCAGACACAAGGGUUGCCAGGGGAGCAACUGCUGAAUGUGGGGACCAAGACUCCCCGCUUCUUCUGCAAAGAGUCUGACUCGCCUUAUGCUCCCUGGAGACUGAAGCUGACGGGGGAACAUGAAACUGAGACUGGGAUGAAAUCCAAAGAGGCCAGGAAGUACAUCUUUAGCAGUCUAGAUGACAUGGCACAUGUGAAUCUGGUGCUGAACAUGAAGGGCAGUGACUCGUUGGCGGAGAAGGCCGACCGGAGGGAGUAUGUGGGCCUGCUGAAGACCAUGUUGCUAAUUGAUGCCGAGAAGAGGAUUGCUCCCUCCGAUGCCCUCAACCAUCCGUUUGUCACCAUGCAGCACCUCCUCGACUUCCCCCACAGCAAUCAUGUUCAAUCAUGUUUCCAAAUCAUGGAUGCCUGUCAAUCACGGCCCAACACGUACAACACACUCAACCGCAACAAAGCCCUGUUCCCCAGACCCUCAACCAACUCAGCUGGACUGCCGAUGGCCUUCAGUAAGAUGGGAUCAGUUCGCUCUCAGGCUUUGACGCAAUCUGCUCCAUCUGUGAUGCAUCCUGGGAUGCUGCAGACAGGAACCAGUCAGUUUGGAUGUAAUGACUCCUUUCAGCCAGCCCUCAUCCUCUGCCCCCCAGCCAUACAAGGUAAUCCAAACCAGCCAGGAUAUACAGUUAGGAUGGAAAACACAAUACCGAUGGUGACCCAAGCCCCUCCCAUACAGCCUUUACACAUGCGACCCGGAGUCAUAGCACAGCAACCGUGGUCAAGUAGAAACCAGCAGAUCCUAAUACCAGCCUGGCAGCAAGUGGCUCCCCCUCCCACUACUAUGGCUUCUGAUACUGCGGGUGGCCCACAGAGGCUCAGUGACUGGGGGAAAGUUCGGCAACACAGCAACCAUUACAGCAACAUGAUGCAGCCUCUUCUAACCAACCAAAUGGCCAUGUCUGGUCCACAACCAAUCAACAUUGGCAUUGCACACGUGGUGUGGCCACAGCCACACGCCAACAAUAGGAACCGGCCCAGUCAGAGCCGCAGCAUGCACUACUCCCACAACAAUGGCAACAUCCAAAUCUCAAUGUGCCGCUCUCCAAAGAUGGCCGACCGUGUUAGUCACACAGGAGGAGGAGGAGGAGAUGGUUCCCGUGGGGAGGGGCCUGAGGUGGAGGUUCAGCAGGAAAGACGACAUGAGGAGGAGGUGAGCUGCUGUAAGGCAGUGGAGGAUGAGAGGAUAGACAUGUCCCACCAGCAGCGAGAGUCUGUGGUCAUCGACGACCUGCCCAGCCCCACCAUCAGCGUCAUCAGCAGUGACACGGACGGAGAGGAGGGUUCCUCUUGCAGGUUCAAAGGCAGCCCUGACUGCGAGGCAUGUAAGAGCUCGCUGAACAUGGAGCGGGUGUGUUCCCUCAGCAGCCCAGACAGCACCCUGAGCACCAGCUCCUCUGCCUCGGUGCAGUCCAGCCCGUCCCCCUGUAAGAGGCCCAACAGCAUGUCUGAGGACGAUGGUCAUGAGAGUGGCUGCGAGACGGUAGACGGUUCCCCUGCCUCGGACUCCAGCCGGAGCCAGAGCCCCUACCUGGAGAGCCGCUACCUAGGCAACCACAGUCAUCAAUCUCUGAGCAUGAGGACAAGUGGCAUGGCCCCCCAGAAGGAGCCCAGCAAUCCCCCUGUGAGAACCAUGGUGGUGCCACCUUUGAAGGUGGUGCUGAACAACAACAACAUGGACCUGCACACAGACCGAAUGGGUCACAUGGGCGUGGCAGGCAGCUACCACUCCUUAGUUGGUCAGAGAGGCUAUCACAGUCUUCGAAUCCUCAUGCCAGUCCAAAAGGCGCUGUGCCCCUGGACGACUGAACCACCACCACCCCCGGCAGCAACAGAAGAUGACCACAUUCCAGCAGCAGCCCCUGGGCUUCGGCCAGCCUCAGGUCCAGCAAUACAGCUCCUGCCACAAGGAAUGGAACGGAAAUUAUGGGCUGCACCGGCGGCCGCACGCUUACAUCCCUCCCACGGUACACGGCCACGCUUUCACCCCCACCCACAACUCGGGGCCUCACCCCCAGACCACCCUGCUCUCCUAUCCUCCCUCUGCGCCCGUCGCCCACCUCCUGGCCUCGCCGUGCGCCCAGCGGCCCGUCCUACAACCCGCCUUCGGCAUCUCCCACCCUGGCAGCAUUGUCCACCAGGUGACCAUGGGCAUCAACCACCGCCUGCUGCCCUCACCCACCAUCCACCACCAGGGCCAGUUUGGGCCCCUCUUUCCCCCACACUCCUACAUCGCCUCCCCAGCCUAUACAGGCUUCCCCCUCAGCCCCACCAAACUCAACCAGUACCCUUACCUCUGAGCACCAGCCGCCCAGGGCCAUAGGCCAGCAAGGGCAGCCAGAAGUGACAACGUUAACCAAGGCCUUCAUCUGUCAUCUCUCAAGUUAUGACAGAGAAAGAACCCCCCCCCCUCCAGGCUUCAACAAAUCAUGUUGGUUGAUGAUGAUAGGAUUUAAACCUGGGGGGAAAAAAUAUUGAAAAAAGAAUGAAUCAACGAUUAAGAAAUUCUCACUUUUAAUGGGUUUUUGCACUUUUGUGCUACAGUGUCAUUUGGAGCGUAAGUCUCACAGUACAGUCUCACGGUACACAUUGUUCUCAGCCCUGUUUCUCCACCCUUUUCUAUAUUGCCUUCUACCUAGCAUGUGUGCUAGUCACAUCACUCGUUAAGCCAUCCCAGUCUCCAGUGCUAGGACAAAUGUCUCCGUUGGUUCUUUGUGGCGUAAAGGUGUUCCCUAAUGACCUAGGUGUUUUCAGUGUGUACCGUCAGUGGUCUGAAAAGGUUGUUCCACACGCUGCAUGCCUUCGCAUGGGAAAAAUAACUUAGUAAAGUUGUUGACAGUUAGAUGUCACUCCUGUGUACUGUGAGACUUACUACAUCGUAACCUGUUCCCACACCUACUAGUGCCUUCAAUAUCUGAGGUUGUUAAUGUUACUUCUGGCGUUUAUAGAUGUAUCAUGUACUGGACUGCAGCACUUGAAUAUCUGAUUAUUUUCACUCAUGCUUUUGCCUAUCAGAUAAUCAAAUAAGUAAUACUUAUUUGGGCUCAUUGUAUUUUGGGGGUAAAGAUUCACUAUGUAGAAAUCACUCUGCCAUUUCCUGGUUGCAAAAAUUCUAAUGGUUCGGCAAAUUUCAGUUUGUGACAAAACAAGCAAGUAUAGAGUAGAGAAUCAUUGUACCGUCUAAACCGCUGUGAAAUAUAUUUUCCAUAACCAAAAAUAUUCUAUUUUUAGCUGUUUGAAGCUGGUGUACAAAAACUAAACUUAAGAAUGGGAAGCAUAGAAAUAGCGCACAUAGCUACUGAUUCUUAGACUUGCUUUCAAUGAGAAGGACAGAUCUAGAACACACAUUUCUAUAUAUGUGAAUUUUGUCCGGUAGCCCAAAAAGAUACAUUGCAGCUUUAAGCUUAUUUUAUGCUUUAGGCAAAUGUUUAUUUUGUUUUGGACUUUUCCUGAAUGAACUAAUGUACAAACAAAAGGUGAAUUAUUUAACAUUUGAUCAUCAAUUUCUAGUCACUAAGUACUUAAUUACUAACAGUAUUGACACUGUUUAUUGGAACUGCAAUACAAUCUACAUAUAGCCGCUGGUUUUCUGCGUUAUUGUAUUUACAGCCUUUUUCUUAGCGUAAUACCGAUGUGGGGCACGGCAUUGACUAUAAACAAACAUGCAGAUAGUUGGUUGAUUCUUUGUAUGAUCUCAUAUAUCUUCAGAAAACUGUAGUGUUUUGAUAUACCGUCUAUUAACCUAGUGUAUAAUUGCUGGACUAUGUAGUGCUUGACAAGGUGUAUUGGUUAAGUGCAAUUUCCGCAUUAGACUUAUACUUUAUUUUAUUGUUCCAUUUGUUGAGGUUUGUUAAUGUGUCAACUGCUUAUUUUAUACAUUCUGUCAGGGAGGAAAUAUCAUUUUGUGUGAAUUGUUUUUAAUUGCUAGUGUGUGAAUUAGGUUUUUGUUUUUUCUUACUUACAAAUGAAAAUGCUUUUUCAGCACCAAAGACUGUAAUUCACCCCAAGCAAGGUAGCUACUCUUUCUUUUCCCGUUGUCUUCAAGUAUACUGUAGUCAUGAAGAUGGAAUAUAUUGAGAAAAAAUAUAUUUUAAAAAGGUUUGUUUUAAGCAUUUUGGGCAAGUUUUAUCAUAUAUCUUGAAUGCAUCAUAGAUGAGCUGCUAUGUACUGAUUACCACUUCAAAAUAGCUGUGAAUUUAGGGGAUUAUCUUAGUUCUUACUAUGCAUUCUUACUUUUGUAUAGUUCUAAUUACCAUAUACUAGAAGUGGGUUUUAUUUGAGUAUAGUGACUGGCAUAAAGACUUGUUAGUGCCUCUGUAUAUUUGCUUUGAUAUUUGAAGUGUGAUUGGAACUACUGUAUUACAAGUAAUGGAAUUAAGUGUUUUUUGUUGUUGUUUUUGUGUGCAUAUAGCAUCAGUAUUUUAUAUUUUUAAUCAUAGGUUGGGUUCAUCAUUGCAUACAGUAGUUGUGUUGACGAUUUUGCUUAUCGAUUUUAGUUAUUGAUCUGUUAACAUCCUGAAAAGCCUAAAGAUGAUUCACAUUAUUGAUUGACAGUUCUAUAUUACCAUGCAGAUAUAUUUACUGCAACACCUCUAUUUGGUCCCCACCUUUACAUUGGGUUGUAGAGAUGCCUUCACGUGUGUAAUAUUUGUUAUGAAACGCAUCAGUAAGCACUUGUUAAACUUUCAAUAAGCUCAUCAGGUUUGGGUUGUGGCAAAAUCCCACACAGUUUUCAUGAAAUUGCCGUGGUCAAUGAAGUGCUUGACUAAUAUGGAUUUUUCUAGCCAUCUAUUUUAAUUAAGACUCUUAAUUAUUAUUUUUUGUAUCUAAAGUGAAUUGUGAAAGAUUUUCUAUAGAUUAUUCUUAUCUAUUCAUAAUAGAUCGAUUUGAGGCAGAUGGGUGUGAAUUAUUAAACAUUUUUCUGUCAUAACUCAUUAAUCCAAACAAGGGCAACUGUCAAAUGAUGACAGAUGAUAUUUUCUAAUCUUUCUAGCCCUUUUGUAGUCUUUCAAUACAUUGUGGACUGUGAAAGAUUGAAUAUGUUUACUCACUAGCCCCCCAACUCCAGACACACAAAUAGCAUUUUUCUCACUCUGACAGUGUCUACAACUAGUGCCUUUUCAAAUUUUGGUCAAGAGAACUGUUGGUUGAUAACUCCAUGGCCCCUAGCCAGUCCCUCUCCUGCAGAGUCAAGUGUGGCAGUAGAGUGAAAUGGGGAUGCUCCUCAACAGAGCGGAGUAUUUCCCACCAGAGUGGUAGGAUGUUAGGAUUAUGCAGCCUCAUGUUUUAUCAGGACUUCUGCAGCCUGUUCAAAUCCUCAUGUUUCUCACAUUUGUUACGAAGUGAGAAAGCACUCUGCUUUUGGACUCAAGUGUACAAUUUAGUAGAGCUGACAAACACAAUGCAUUCUCCUUUCUGAGGAGCUCUUCUGGGUGCUGGCUGUUAUCUUCAGAUCACUCAAUCCCAAUGCUCAACCUUAACCAUAUGGUCUGAAUAUAUAGCUUUUCUACAGAACAUAAAAAGACAAUUAUUCUUAGUCAGGGAAUAUUUUAUACAUAUAACACUCUACACAGUUUUGUCUCUUUUUUUUUAUUGAACACAACAAAUGCAAAGCUUUACAUACACUGUGAAUGUAUUUGUGGAGUUGAAUUUUUGGGGGCUUUGCAGACAUGACAAUGUUUUUGUUGCAUUUUUUGAUGGCUACAGCUAUUUCUAUUCUGUAUAUGAUAAACAUCCAUAUAGCAGCAUCUGUUUUGAUUGAUCACUUGUUGGUAUUUGCUUUAAUAACCCACAUACACACAGAUUAGGUCCAAAGUUGUCACUUUUUAAGUCUAUACUGCAACUAAUGUAUUAUGUUAUGUCAUGCUAUUAUAAUGAAUUCAGGGUAUUUGUAUUGUCCAAUAUGCCACUGCAUUAAUCUUCAAUCCUUUCCACUUGGUUUGAUUGCUUUGGAUCUUGUUUGCAGUUAUUUCACCUGUUAGUAUAAGUUGUAUUACACUUCAAGUGAUAGGGUAAUACACGUCGUAAACACAGCAUAUAGACUUUAUUGCUAAAUUGGAAGUGUUAACUGUUUUAUUGUGUAGUUUCUGUGGCUUUAUUUUAAUAUGCUUUUGGUUUUAUGCUACACUAGUUUGCCAUGUAGCAACUGCACUGUGCAAUAUAAUAUGAGAACUGGGAACAUUUAUUAUUUUGGAUGUAAUGUCUCUUACAGUUUGCGGUCGUAUUUCUCUCUAGUUCUCAGUGAUUUCAAUGUGACCAAGCCUUAUUUACUUUGUCACAAAAAGCGGGUUUUCCUAGUGACUGUUGGAGUGUCAAAUUUAAAAAUUGAUGGUGUACUAUUGUAAAAAUUCACUUUGAAUAAAAAAAAAAUUGCUUCACCCUU